UUACUUUUUCACAUUUACGAUACAGGCUAUUUUGGUGCAAAUCACAAGACUCAACAAAAAUAUUACUUGGCAAAACUGUGGUUUGAAACUUAAUCUUUAUACUUGCAAGAUCUCCGGUUUGCUAGCUCGGGUUAACGCUGAUCUCUGAGACUACGGCGGCCGAGGCGUGUCAACGCUUUGCAAAAGCCACAACACAAAUGCAGCAGUCACAGCACAACGGAAGUGACCAACACUUCGGUAGGAUUUCUCCGGUAGAAGGAAGCCUAUCGUUUUUAAUAAUAUAAUACAUUUUUUAAACUAUCAUUAUUACUGUAGCUCUAAAAACGUAACUCCUUAGCCCAUGCGUAUAGUAACUCACGGAUUUGGAGGAGCGUUCUCGCUAAAUCUGUAGGAUUUAGGGCUGUCCCACUAUCAAAUCGUCAAGUGCGCGAGGGCUCUCGCAGACAUUUGAGCCCUUCAUGCAACCCUUUUCGUAAAUACGCAUUUUUGCAGACUUUGCGUAAGUGAACUGCUCACAAUUCACAGCGUUGUGGCGUGGAACACCAGUGUUACCAGGGAAAGCCGGAAGCGAGCCUCAUAAAACAAGAAAGAAGAAGACCCAAUACCAAUGUCCCCCCUAAACUCUGAACCCUCACAGAUUUACUUAACGUCACCUGAUAAGGGAUUGAGUGCACGAGACUGCAAGUGCUCAACAUGCUAUAAAUAGGAAUGGGACAGCAGUUCGCGGCAUUAUCACGUUAUCUUGACAACGCGGAAACAUGUUACACACUAUUGUAGGUUUGGGACUUUUUAUUUUACGUUUAUUACUUUCUCCACGGCCAAGGCACGUAAGGACCCGACUGUCUGAGGAAUACAUCUUGCAGGCUCUUGCCUCACAGAGUGGACAAGAGGCAUACCAGCUCACUCAAUAUGCCAGGCUGAACACCCAUGUGCCAGUCCUCAGGCUGUACAUGGAUGUGGAGCGAGACAUGAAGAGUGAUUUCAGGAUGUCGAGGCAGGCUUUCAACGGUCUGCUAAAUAUUUUGCAACAGGAGAGGGAUCAUGGCUGGGGACACAAUUUAGAGGUCCUUAUUUUUGUUUUUUGGCUGGCCCAUGGGGCAUCUUAUCGGUCAACGGCACAGGCUUUUGAUGUGCCAAAGUCAACUAUUUUUAGAGUUGUGCACAGAAUUGCCAAGGAGAUUCGCAGAUGCAAGUCUAAGGUCAUCUUCUUCCGCAGUCCAAACACCUUGGAAGAGGUAGGCCUAGGAUUUGGACAGCUGGCACGGCAUAAGGCCUUCAAUAAGGCUGUGGGGGCCAUAGAUUGCUGUCACAUACGUAUUAAACCACCCGAACAUAACCAGUUGGAUUAUUUGAACUACAAACGGUUUCACUCCAUUAAACUUCAAGGCAUCUGUGACUCAUCUGGGAGAUUUCUGGACAUUUGUGUUGGUUAUGGAGGCUCAGUACAUGACACACAGAUUUUAAGAAACAGCCCUGUUUAUGUCCAUUCCCUGUAUCCCCCACCUGGGAACUUUCUCUUGGGAGAUGGAGGCUACCCUUGUCUUGAGCUUCCAAUUCCAAUUAUAACCCCUUUUAGACACCCAUUACAAGGGAGGAUGCAGGAACCCUUUAAUGGAAAGCAUGGCAGGGCCUGGUCCAUAAUUGAAAGGACAUUCGCAGCCAUGAAGGCACGGUGGCGGGCCACCUUAUUCAAGGCACUGGAGGUUAGGCCCGAAUUCUGUUCAGAAGUUUCCCUGGCCUGUGCGUUCCUCCACAAUGUGUGCCUUACACAUGGAGAUGUCUUGGAAGAGCCAGGGCUCCAGCCUGAAGGACCUGAGCUCCAGCCGGAAGGACCCCUUGCUCCACUUGAAAAACAUGACUUCCAGGAGAGGAGUGGGGCCUACAUGAGGGAUGUGCUGUGUGCCUACAUAUCCACACCCUCAAGCCCCUUUUAAGAGUUCAUGAUUAUGCCAGAAGAUGGAUAUUUUACUUUGGGCUGAGUCAAAUCCCCUUUAGUUUACAUUCAAUACCAGCUAUAACAACCCUGAUUUACCCUUUAAACAUUUCUGUGCAACUUGAUAAACAUUUGGACUUUGUGGAGAUAAAAGCUAUAAAUAACCACAUGACUGCCUUCUGUGAUUCUUGUUUGUUAUGGAUCCAAAGUUUUUGACACUCA